CCAAGGUAAUGCGAGGAAGCGGAAGUAUUGGACGGCAUUCAUUCAGGGAUGGAAAUAGGAGGAGCCGUGGUUUCAUGCUGCAAGGAAUAGACCUCUCACCAAACUGUUGCUAUUACUUCGUCACACUCUACCUCCCUCUUCCUCUUAUAUACCGGACACCCUUCCCUUCGUAGCUCCGCUCCCACUCCUUCUCCCUCACUACCCUACACCCACCAUGGGCUACGGCCGGCUCAGCUCGUCCGAGUCCCUCCCCUCUGUUUACGAACCACCACCGAGUCAAACCGGUUCGACUCGCCGCAAGCGCCUGUUCAUUCUUCUGGGUCUCCUGACUGUCGUCCUCCUCGUCGCCUCCGGUGUCUCGUUCGGCCUACUGGUCGGCUUCCGAGCCGGCUCGUCCGGUUCGGGCCGGAAUCGUAGCCCGACACAGGCCAUUUCCCAGACUUGCGGCCUGACCCUGUACCCGGCUCUGUGUAUCAGCUCCCUCCUCGACUUUCCCGGCGCUUUCGACGCCCGCGAUCGCGACCUCGUCCACAUCUCCCUCAACAUGACGAUGCAGCGCGUCAGCAAGGCGCUCUACGGCGCCUCCGCCAUCGCCGGCGUCUCCAUGGACGCCCUCGCCCGCGCCGCCUAUGAGGACUGCAUGGAGCUUCUCGAGGACUCACUCGACCAGCUCUCCGAGUCCCUUGCCGUCGUCUCCCCCUCCGCCUCCGGCCCCGCCGGCGCCUCCAACGAGGACGUGCUCACCUGGCUCAGCGCCGCUCUCACCAACCAGGAUACCUGCACCGAGGGCCUCACCGACGUCGCCGACGGCUACGUCAGGGCCCAGAUGCAGAGCAAACUUAAGGACCUCGCCGAGCUUGUCAGCAACUGCCUCGCCAUCUUCUCCGCCGUCAGCCGGAACAAGGACUUCUCCGGCAUCCCCAUCAAGAACAAGAAGCGGCGCCUCCUUUCCUCCGGCGACGGAGAUUUCCCGGAGUGGCUGGGGAGGAGAGACCGGAAGCUGCUUCAGGUUCCCGUGGCCCAGAUCCAGGCCGACAUGGUGGUGUCCAAGGACGGCAACGGGACUUACAAGUCCAUCGCCGACGCCGUCAAAGCCGCCCCAGAGCGCAGCACCCGCCGCAUUAUCAUCUACGUCAAGGCCGGCCGCUACGACGAGAACAUCAAGGUCAGCCGGAAGAAAACGAAUCUAAUGUUCAUCGGCGACGGCAAGGGCAAGACAAUCGUCGCCGCAUCCCGCAGCGUCGCCGAAAACUACACCACCUUCCACACCGCCACCUUCGCGUCGACGGGGAAUGGGUUCAUAAUGAGGGACAUGACCAUAGAGAACUGGGCCGGGCCGGCGAAGCACCAGGCGGUGGCGCUCCGGGUGGGGGCGGACCACGCCGUCGUGUACCGGUGCAACAUAAUCGGCUACCAGGACACGCUAUACGUGCACUCCCAGCGGCAGUUCUUCCGGGAGUGCGACGUCUACGGCACCGUCGACUUCAUCUUCGGCAACGCCGCGGUGGUGCUGCAGAACUGCAGCUUGUGGGCUCGAAAACCGAUGCCUAUGCAGAAGAACACCAUCACGGCGCAGAACAGGAAGGAUCCCAACCAGAACACCGGCAUCUCUAUCCAUGCUUGCCGAGUUGCCGCCACGCCGGACCUGGUGCCGGUGAGGUGGAACUAUUCGACUUAUCUGGGCCGGCCGUGGAAGCUCUACUCCAGGACAGUGUAUAUGCUAUCCUACAUGGGAGAUCAUAUCAACCCGGCGGGCUGGUUGGAGUGGAAUGCUACUUUUGCGCUGGAUACGCUAUACUACGGUGAGUACAUGAAUUACGGGCCGGGGGCGGCCCUGGGAAAGAGAGUGAAUUGGACGGGAUAUAGGGUGAUAACGUUGCCGGAGGAGGCCAGUAAGUUCACCGUGGCGCAGUUUAUCUACGGAUCUUCUUGGCUACCCUCCACUGGGGUGGCCUUCUUGGCUGGCUUGUCCCUGUGAUCAUCCUAUCCGUUUUUCUUUCAUAUAUGAUCUAUAAGUGUAUGAUGAUGGUAUAGGUGUAGGCUUUUGUAUUUCUUUUUUGUGAUUUUUUGGGGAAAGGGAAUAAUUAGAAGUUCUUUAAAGUGCUAAUUGUAUAUCGACAGUCCUGAUGCCCAAGUCUUCCUCCUUGUUCUCCCUAGUGGAACUGGAAGUGUCCAAUUUCUGUCUACAAUAUAGUAAAAUUCUUUUUGGUAUCA